AUGCCGAUGCCUCGGCGGCCAGGCCUUGGCCGCCGCGAUCAUCGAGAACCGAAGUCUGCAGUGCCUUCGUGUCGACAAAUCCCUUCACAACACACCUGGUGGCAAGGCUCUGAUAGAGGCGGAGAAGGUGAAGAGAGAGCGGGGCGAGAGGUUUGGGAUUGA